GCAGGUGCGAGCUCGCCCCCGUGCCAAAGGUUGACGUCGACGGUUGCCUCGCGGCCCGCUCUUUCUCCACCUCGGACAGGCGCAGGCCAAGCUCGUUGUCUGCUGGCGGCUCGGGUACGUCAUCUGAGGGUAACGGGUCUAGUCGACGUGGCUCCGAGCUGGCGCUAGUCGUCUCUCGCGAAUGGAGGGCGCCGAACUCGUCGACGACGGAGCUCGCCCUGGAGUCGACGGAGCCGCGGGAGCGAUACGCCGCAUAUUGGCCUCCGGAGGCACGACUAUCGACGGAGCCCCUUGGGCGGAACCAGGUCUGAUCGAUGGACCCGCGGUACGAUGAAGGGCGUGUGCCCCGGGAUGAAAUGCUGCGCAACACGCGUUAGCUGCAUGGCUGGGUGCCUCGUGUCAUGGGGAUGCGCACCUGUCGAACGGGGUGUAGUGGUAUCUGGACUGAUAAUGGUCGCCUACGUCCAACGCAGACUCGUCGGUCGUACGAGAGACGAAGCUGGCGACGGAGUAUGCUGGUGUGGGAGGUGCCUGCGAGCUGGAGACAGGGCGCUGGUAGUAGCUCGGGCCGGGGGAGGGAGUGGAGGUGUAGAGCGAGUCCGGGGAACGCUGCUUCUGAACAGGCUCUUCCGGGUAUUCUGGCGAUCCGGAGGUACGUCUGGCUUCCGAUGGGCCGGAAGAGGGGGGCGGGUGAUGAGCAGACGACCCUGCGUUGCCCAUGUCAGUGGUGAGAGGCUGUCGGCAAGAGUGAGAGCGCACCUGCACCGAUCAGGUUCAUGCCAGCCCCCACGCCUGCCAUGCGGCCCGCCAUCAUGUCUAAGCUUGGCAAGUCGAAGGCGGCCACGGCGUCGUCAUCGAUAUCCGACGAGUUCGAGUCGUUGUCGUUCUCGUACGCGUCUUCGUUGAUGAUCGGCCGGGAGGGGGCGAUGGUGUAUGUGCCUGAGGCGCGCGCCUUUCCGUCAAGCAACUCGGCCAGGGAGGGAAGUUGUAGGCGCUGAACAGCUUCGUCAUCGAUAUCGGAAGAGCCCGAGUCGUCGUCAAAGUCUUCGUAAACGGUUGAGGGGG